AUGAAACUUAAAAAAGAGUGCAAAGAUCUUUGUUUUUUAGUGCAUAGAAAAAAAACUGCUACUGCAUGUCUUUCUCAAGACCAAGAAUAUUUACGAUAUAAGAAAGAUUUAGAAACAAUAAUAUCAAAUUAUAAUCAGGGAACUAAUUGGUACAAAACUGCAACUCUUGCAUUAAAUAACGUAAAGCAAACCAAAGGCACAUCAUUGGCUACUGUAACAGGUUGCGUACUUGUUAUGGGAAAGGUUGCUCAAGAUGCCUUGAGGACCAUAACGAAUGUCGUGCCUGCGGUAUUGUUCUCAUGGAAUGACACAUCAUUGGCUACUGUAACAGGUUGCGUACUUGUUAUGGGAAAGGAUGAGAAAAAAUCGCCUCAGAUUAUUAAUUUCUGGUCUCUUGAGUUAGAAAAAUUAAAUUAUGAAAACGUUAUAGAUUAUCAUCCAGUUGAAGAAGAAUCACAGCGUGCUCGUCACAUUAUUAACAUAUUAAGAUGGCAUGUAGUUGACCAAGAAAUGUUUAAUAGCUGUAUGAAACAGCACUCAAACAAUCAGCUUCAUCUGGCGGAACAAUCACUUCAAAAUUUGGUUAUGAGUAAUAGAAUCAAAGACAGUGAUCAUAGCUGGAUGUCGACGCCUAUCACAUCAAUUAUGCAAUUUUUUUGUCAGAAAUUAGAUGAUAAAUAUUUCGAUAUAGAUGCUCUGACAGUUGUAUCCGUUGUUUCUAGCAUAAUUUUGUAUACACCAACACCAUGCCGUGGUCUUGGGAGUUCCCCCUCUGAAAAUCACAUAAAGGCAGAGUUAUGGACAAAAAUAUUCUCUAAUGUUUUCACACUCAAUAAAAUGAAAUAUGUUCCUGUUUGGGAACUGCACCAUUUAAUUUCAGGAAAUGGUGGUCGAGGUUCUGCCCGAUCAGAUUUUGCUGUUAUAUUCACAAAUCACAACAAUUUGCAAUUUCCUUUUUUCAUAGUCGAGUUUGAAAGAGAUGGUUUUGAAAUCCAUAAAGAUAAUAUAGUAGUUGUGUCAGAAGCAGUGUACGAACUUAAUCGUAUAUUAGCUUUAGCGCAUAAUUUAUCGGAGGAAGAAGUUAAUAGAACUCGUAUCCAUAUAGGUUUGGUGAAUGAUACUCGAAUAAGUUUUAAUACAAUUACACCCGCCUUUAAUCAAGAAGAAUCAACAUUUGUUUAUACCAAUAAUGACAAAAUACUAUCAUAUAAUUUAAUAAUGGACGAUAUAGAGAAAAACAUCGAAAAUGUCUUAAAACUAGUAAUUUACCUGAGAGAAACCAUUUGUGAAGAUGGGCUGUGGAUCGAAACAAUAUUGAACAGGGAACCAACAAAUGCAAUUAUAAAUUAA